AUGGAAUCCUUAUUUUUCAAAAUCGUUUGCAUCGGGUUUUUCAUCACUUGUAUAACAGUUUUCUACGAAGAAGUCGCAGAAUUUGUACAAUUUCAAGCAUAUGGCAAUCCUUUCUGGUUGAAUGUUUCGCAAGAAUGCAGUUGUGAUGGCGGGAAAACAAGGAAUUGUUAUCCACAUCCGGAUGACUCACAAUUGUGCGGCAAAUGUUUCGUAACAUGUCCAGAAUUGAUGGAAAAAGAAGAGCAAACGAGGUCCGAUGACCUUGUGUUUGGGCUGUCUGCCUCUAUGAAUGAUGUCAACCGGCUUCUGGUGCUCAUCGCUUCGAUCCAUCGAAACUUCCCAACGACAAAGUUGAUUAUCUUUGAUCAUGCCAACGGGACCGCGCUGGAGAGUCAAUUAAUCAGUAUUAGAAAUGUGGAAGUGGUGAAUUUCAAAAAUAGGGGAAAUGGGAAAGCGGCGAGCACACCAUUUUAUUUGAAGGAGAUCCUUACUCAUCACUCAAACGUACUGUGGUUGACUCAUGACUUGGAAAUUCUGAAUACCAAACUGAUGCAAGCCGGACCGUUCAGACGAUCGUCCAAAUACGCGAUCACAUACAUUUCACAUGAUAAACGUCGAAAAGUCACGUCUUCUGGCUAUCGUCCGUACUUCCCCUCCAGUUCGUUGAUGCCUCACUUCCCGAUGGCCGUUUUAUUGAAGAAUGAUGCUAUAAGUCUGAUCAGAUGGGUGGAAAAAUGCGCUGAGACGCCCGAAUGCUGGAAAUGUGAUACAUCAUCAGGCGUGAUCGAGGAUUGCACAUGGAUGGUGUUACAUCAAGUGGCGUCAGAUGCAAAACAAUUCAGAUUUCUGGGAGACACCGCGGGGACAAUCAAUAAACAAACUUGGGGACCACCGGAAUGCGAUUUCUACUGCACCAUGUGGCUCAUACUGGUCACUGUAGUUGCAGUAGUGUCUUUUGGGAUACUAGCUCUUGUUCUUCUCAAAAAGUCAACUAAGAAAACAAAUUGA